AAAACCUGAUAUUCAUUUUGAUUUUGAUUUCUCAGAUUUUGAUUUCGCGUUAUCUUUUGUGUCUUCUCCUUUGAAUCUCAUCAAGUACUCAAGUUUUAAUUUCUGGGUCUGCUGUUUAUGGAUUCAGAAAUGAUGGGUUUGGCACAUGUUUGGCUAAGGCCAAUGGGUCUUGAACUACUAUUUAACGGUAGUAGUUAACCGAGUUAAGGCCAAAUGGGUUUUGCUGUUAAAGGUUUUCCAGGUUCUUUCUACAUUUGCCAAAAAUGGCUCCAAAACGAAGUGGAGUUGGAAAAGCCCCUGUUGCUGCAGCUAAGAAGAAACCAGUGGAGAAGGUCCGUUCUGCUUUGAACCAGUUCACCAAGACUCUUGACAAGAAAAUGGCAAGGGGAAGAAAAAGGAAACCAAUAAUUGUAAAUGUUCAAGACGCAAUCAAUGAUGAGUCUUCCUCCCAACAGCUGCAACAAGAUGAAGCUGGAUCAGAAAUAGGAACUGACCAAUUUGCCCACCCAAGGAGAAACUGUACAAAUAUCCACAAAAUUCCAAUAAAACCAAAAAGAGGGGGUACUAAGUGCUUUGAUGUUCACAAGCUAGGGCCAAAUGAAAGGAUUAAGGUUGAUAUUAAUCGAAAUGGGCAAGCUGUUGGUCCAGGUGGUCAAAAGCUCAGUAGUUUCUUAGGCACAAUUGCUAGGAAUUCCAUGCUAUGUCCUUUAAAUUAUGAAGAUUGAAGGGACAUGCCCGAGACUACCAAGGCUGACCAAAUGGCUUAUAUUAAGGUAAUAUUACCAUCUAAAAAUUGUUUAUU